AUGGCUCGUACUCGUUUGGUGCCAGCCACUGUGCGACCCAUACUACUCAUACGGCGCAUCAAAUGCGAUGAGACCAAACCCAGCUGUAAACGAUGUACCUCCACUGGCCGCAAGUGUGACGGGUACGAGUUCCCCAAGGAGGGCUCCAGAAGUCCAGCAGCAUCCUCUGCCCUGUCGCCACUCCAAGGUCGUGCCGUCCAUCAAUAUUUAUUUCAACCCAAUUCUAUCUCCAGACCUUUCCAAGGCAAUACACAAGAACGACGUUCCUUCCACCGCUUCCAGCUUUGCACGGUGCCCGUUUUUGCCUGUGGUUCCGAAUCCGGUUUCUGGACCAAAAUACUCCUGCAAGUGGGUCACGACGAGCCAGUGGUCCGGAACGCCAUCAUCGCAUUGGGAACCUUACAUGAAGAUUACCAGGACCGGCGUGGCAAAUACAGCCCCCAAUUGAUCGAAGAUCAGAGCUAUCGACACGCCUUGAAGCUCUAUGGGGGGGCCCUGCGCGGAUUGAAUCAGAGACUAAACGAACCUUCCCGGAACAACGCCAAGCUCGCCAUUAUUGCAAGUAUAUUAUUUGCCUGCUUCGAAGUCCUCCGUCGCAAUAACAUGGCCGCUGUUAUUCACUAUCAGCAAGGCAUGAGAGAAUUAAUGCGCCAGAUGAAUCUCUCGGAGGGCGACGAGACCUCCCUCACUCCAUAUUCACCAAACCAGCAAUCGACCCCCCAUGCGACAUUCCGGGAGAUCCCCCAGAAUGAACUGGACGAGCUGUUGAGAGUCUUUGCCCGAUAUGACAUUCAGGCGUGCACCUUUUCCAAGGAGCAUGCGGAGCGUUUGGUGACACACAUGGACCUACCCCGAAUACGUCCCUCAACCCUGACCUUGCGUCAAGCCCGCAAUCACCUCGACAAUUUACUGGUCUCGGCCUACCAAUUCGUCAAGUCGGACCUACGCAUGUAUCGAUACUGGAAAAUUGAGACGGUGCCAAUCGAAUGGAUAAACCAACGAGCCGAGGCUAUCGAAAUCUUCGACGCCUGGAUGGCGGCCCUGGAAAAUUUCCUCAAUUCCCAAGAACCUCGACUGACGUCUCCCGAUAUCAAAUGCUUGUUAGGCCUGAGGCUACAGAUUAGGACCGCGGUUAUCAUGCUCAAGAUGUGCAUCGAUUGUGGGCCUGAGACCAUUUUCGAUAGCUUCCGGGAUGAAUUUGACGACAUGGUAACCAAGGUGGAACACGUGACCACGGCACUUGGCAUGCCUGAAGCCAGCCCAUUGGAGGCGGAAUUCACACCCUUCACCAUGGAACUUGGCAUCGUCCAUCCCUUGUUCUUUGUUGCCUGUAAAUGUCGAGACUGGCAAAUCCGACGACGAGCGACAGCUCAGCUAAAGAAAGCCGGUAAAGAGGGCGUUUGGGAGGGUCCCAUCAUGGCCGUACUGGCGAAAAGAAUCAUAGCUCUCGAAGAGGAAGGUCUGUCACGAGGAGAUGUGGUUCCAGAAGACAAGCGUUUUCACGAGAUCAAGAAAAAUGUGGAUUACGACGGCCGCAAAAUUUACUUCGAAGCCAUGAGAGCUACGGAUGAUACGUGGAAGAACUAUUCGGUUCACAGGGAGGCUGUCCCAUUCUGA